AUGGGCGAGGAAGACUAUGUUUCCCACUCGCCUGCACCGAGCACGAUAAGCCGGAUUUCCCCUUCCCCGUCCAUACUCACGCCUAAGUCCCCGCCGAGCGAAGCCUGCAUCACGCCUGCAGCCGUGACGGCGCACAUCGCGAUGGGGGACGGGCUGGAGAGCAUGGAUUUUCUCCGGCAGCUCUCAGAUGAGUAUGGGAUGGAUACGGGGCUGAAUACGGAGGCGCCGAGGACGGACAAGCAUGAUGUACGCUUGAGUCCGGACGUUGUGCUGUUUUUGGAGGAGCAGGGAGAGUCAGUGGAAGACAUUCUUCGUCUCCCCAUCGUCCGCCCUCCACCAGUGGACGAUUCGUUCACGCUGACAUACUACUACAUCUCCUCAUCCCACAACACCUACCUCCUCUCGCGCCAGCUUCUCGGCCGCUCCUCCACCGCCUCCUACACGCACGUUCUCUCCCGUGGGGCGCGCACAGUCGAGAUCGACGUCUGGCCCUCCGCACAGGGCCCCGUCGUCACGCAUGGCUAUACCUUCAGCUCAAGUGUCCCCUUCAAGGCCGUGUGCGUUGCAAUUGGGGACGCGGUGAAGCCCGACGACUGGCCGGUGUUCGUUAGCCUCGAGUGCCAUGUGGGUAUUGGCGGCCAGGAGGAGCUGGUGGAGAUCAUGAAGGGCGCAUGGGGCGAGAAGCUGGUAGAUAGUGAGCUGGAGGGCGUGGAGGGCGGGAAUGUGAGCCCAAGGGAUUUGAAGGGAAGGAUUCUGCUCAUGGUAGAGUAUUAUCCGCCGCCCGAAGAGAAAGGUACGGGACGAGAGGAUAAGGAGAAAUACUCGUCGUCGUCUUCUUCUUCCUCAUCAGCGUUGUCGGAUUCGGAGUCCGCCGAGAGCAAGUUGCUCGCCGCUAUGCGUCUCCGUAAGGAUAAGGAGCGGGAGAACAAGCAUCCUAUCAUCUCGGAAGCGCUGAGUUCUCUGGGUGUCUACGCGCAUAGCAUGAAGCCAAAGAAAAACUGGCUCUUCGAAGAACUCUUACACCCCCGCCAUAUCCUGAUCAACAUAUCUGAAUCCGGCCUGGGCGGGCUAUUCCAGCAGCACUCCGCCCACCUGAUUGCGCACUCGCAGAAACACCUCCGACGCGUGUACCCGCGCGGCACGCGGGUGUACUCGAGCAAUCUGAACCCGGUCCAGUUCUGGCGGGACGGCUCGCACGUUGUCUCGCUGAAUUGGCAGACGUAUGAUAAGGGCAUGCAGAUCAAUGAAGCGAUGUUCGUCGGGAGCCAUGGCUGGAUAUUGAAGCCCAAGAGGCUGAUUGGCUUGGGGGCUGAGGGGAGCGAGAAGAUGAAGAUUACCGGGCAGUUUGCUGGGCUUAGCUCCCUACCUGUGCACGAAGAAGGGCUGAAUAGCGUCUCGGUGUACAUCCGGGCAGAACUCAUCACUUCGAACAACGAACUGAAGUGGCGCUCGAAGACGACGAAAUGUAAGUCUAUACUCAAGACCGGAGUCGAUGUGAUGUUCAGCGACGCGACCUUCGAAUGGGAGUACGAUAGUGACGAUUUGGCAUUCCUUCGGAUCCUGAUUAUGGAAGAAGAAUUCGGGACGGACGACGAGAUGGCUGUGUUCUGCGCGCGCAUUGACCAUCUCCAGGAAGGGUGGAGACUUAUUCGCUUACUGAGUAUGAAGGGGAAAGAUACGGGAGGAACUCUGCUGGCGAAUUUUUCAGUUGCUUCUGCUUAACCUAUACCCUAUAUGUAGUAGCGCAUCUAUCUCACCAUUCUCCCGGCUCCGCACUUGUGGC